AUGUCCUGGCAAGCUUACGUCGAUACUAGCCUCGUUGGCACCGGCCAUAUUGACAAAGCCGCCAUCAUCAGCAUCGCUGGCGACAGCACUUGGGCAGCCUCGGCUGGCUUCAGCCUUUCCGCUCCCGAGAUGAAGGCCAUUGCCGACGUCGUUACCGAUAAGGCCGGCGCCAAGGACAGGGCUUUCGCAGACGGGCUGUACAUCGCUGGCGAGCGAUACGUUAUGGCAAGAGCUGAGGACGGCGCUAUUUAUGCGCGCAAGGGUCGAGAGGGCGUUGCCGUUGCCAAGACUAACCAGGCCAUUCUUGUCGGCCAUCACAAUGAGGAGGGUGUUGCCGGAAACGCCACCCAGGCUGUACAGAAGCUGGCCGACUACCUCAUUGGCCUUAAGUACUAA